AUGAAGCCUUUUCGUGCACCUAUAAAUGCGACAGGAGCCUCUUUAAUCACCUACAGAUCAACAAAACCAUCAAGAAUGAAUCAUGGCGGCGGUGGUGCUAAAGAUCAUGGUAAGGAGGGUGGUGGUGGUGGAGGAGAUGAGGUCAGGUACAGGGGUGUCAGGCGUCGUCCAUGGGGGAAGUAUGCGGCGGAGAUCCGUGAUCCUAACAAGCAAGGUGUUAGGGUCUGGCUGGGGACUUUUGCCACGGCGGAGGAGGCGGCCAGAGCUUAUGAUCGAGCAGCUUUCGAUAUGAGGGGUCACAUGGCAGUUCUGAACUUUCCGGCGGAAUACCCUCCGACAUUUUCUGCUGCUGCUUACAGUGCUUCCACCAGGGCUGCCACCUCUUCGUCGUCCAACAGAGAAGUAAUUGAAUUUGAAUGCUUGGAUGAUAAUGUGUUAGAGGAUCUUCUUGAUUAUGACACUGCCAAAAACAAGAAGUGA